GUGAGGUUAUCUGGGAUAUUGGGGCACUCAGUGAAAACAACAGUGACAAAAGUCAUUUUUAGGACUCUCCAGGACCAUAAAGGGAUUUCCAGAAAGAGGCGGAGCCAUGCAACUUAUAUAUGGGAAAAGCGAAGUUUCUGUGCUUGGUAAGGGACACAUUUUAAUGAAUAUUUAUAAUUAUGAUGGAUAAAUACCCCAUGGCAAAGUCCCCCCUGAGCUGCAGGACCAGGAGAGAUCUGCUUGUCCCACCCUGGUCCCUGUGGCCUCUCCACUCCAUGGCCCCCCUGGCACAGACCCUGGCACUGCUGGCAAUGGCCAUGGCCACCACAGCUGUCGAUGUGAUCCCCCUGGACAUGGCCCAGGACUCCUUCGAUGACCAGUACCGGGGCUGUGGCCCUGCCAUGACCGUGGCGUUGCCGGCCCUCAACCGCUCCGAGUUCGAGCAGAACCCUCUCUUUGGCCAGGCCUGGGUGAAGGCCACAGCUGAGUGGCAGAGUCGGGGGUCCCCUGUGUCCCCUCUGUCAUCCCCAGCCCAGGCCAUCGCCCUCAUGGCCUACACGAUGAAUGACCUGUACAAGAAGUUCAAUGAUGCCGUACGCGUGGCCGGGUCCUCCAGCCAGGAAUACCGGGACAACUUCCACUUCAAAACGCUGCAUUUCCUGCUGACCCAGGCCCUGGUGACGUUGAGGGACACUCAGGGAUCUCAGUGUCACAACGUGUACCGGGGGGUGCACGGGGUCCGGUUCAAGGCUGAGUACGGUGACAUCGUCCGGUUCGGUCAAUUCACGUCGGCAUCACAGAGUGGAACAACUGCCCAGCAAUUCGGGAUAGACACAUUGUUCUAUGUGCACACCUGCCACGGCGCAGUAAUCCAGGAAUUCUCCAACUAUCCUGGUGAGAAGGAGGUGCUGAUCCCACCCUUCGAGACCUUUGAGGUCAUUGAAGAAAGCCAGGAAGGGGACAGGGCAUGGAUCCAGCUCCGCUCCACCGGGAUCUUCAGCAAAUACAGCUGCGAGUGGCUGGGAGGUGACACUACAGGUGGGAGUGUCCCCAGGGCUCCCUUCCACCUCAGUGGACUCCUCCUGGCCACCACAGCCCUGGCAGUGGCCACUGGGAUCCUCUGAGCUACGAGACCACCACAGCCUCCAAGGUCACUGUCAUCACUGUGGCCACCACAAUCACCAAUACCACCAUGACCCCCAGAGAAACAAGGCCACCAAGGCUACCAAGGCCACCACAGCCACUCUGGCCACCUUGGCAGUUAUUGCCACCGUGAGGUCACUGGGGCCACCACUGUUACAGUGGCAACUGCUGCCACCACAGCCAUUCUGGCCACCAUGGUCACUGUAACCACCAAGGCCACUGUGGCCACCUUGAUCACCAAGACUCCUUGAGCCACAAAGUUACAACAGCCACUGUGACCACUGUGGCCAACAGUAUCAUUGUGCAAAGCAAUUCUAAUAAAUAUUUCUAUCAAAACAAUUCCUUUAAAUAAAUCUGACAAAGCCAGAAAAA